GAUUGUUUGAACAAGCUUCUCGGCUACGAGAGGGCCAGGGUACACUCGGCAACCGGACCUGGUCCACACUACACACUCAGAGUUGCUGAAACAGGAACGCGAGAGAUAAACGUUAGAAACAGCCAGCGCGGCGGGUGUGUGUUUUUCAUGUGUGUACACGCGAGUACACGCAAACACGGUUUUGUAUACGUGUAUACACGUGCAUAGAUUUUCCCCCGUACACACAUCGAUAUGUAUAUCUAUAUAUUUGUGGACACGUGUGUGCGUGUUUGUGCGACGUUGACGUAUCCCGCACACGUACGUUAAACGCGGUGCGGUGCACUGUUGUAGGCGAUCGGCGGGACAAUCGCGGGAAUUUGGUGGAGAGAGAUAGUCGUUAUUGGGACAACAAUUAUAUACUCCCCUAUCACAACAACGUGGUAAACAACGCAGUGCAGUGAUCGACUUCGAACGUGUUUCAAUUAGUUUGUUAAACUCGUGUUAUGCGCUUUCGCUGAAACUCGAUACCUGGUUUACGGUUUUAUCACAUUUUAUUACACACCAUGGAUGACCGUGCGGCGUAUAUCGUUUGGAGACUGUUGGGUAUACCUCGAAUCCGGUUGUCAGUGUGAUUAGUUUUUAAACAAUCCUCAUCGUUGAUGGAGUGCGCGUUUUCGUAAUGUAUUCGUACAUCACUUGUGAUCCUCGUUUCCGUUCGAUACAUGUUAGGUAAUAAUCGACUGAUUCAGUGCUACGGUAUUUUGGUGCUUCAGUCGUGUUUAAUCAUUGUGGAUAAAUCGUUGUGAUACAGUGUUUUUCGACAAUUAUUUUUUCGUUCCUUCGUUUCGAGUAAAUCUAUGUCAACUCUUGUGUGAACUCAACAAUCCAAGUUUUUCGAUCUACCGACUUGAUCCGCAAGAUUUCAUCGUUAGUUUCAGUGCUUUUCCAACGUACGACGCAUAGUAUACACGGAAUAUCAUACAUCGUAAAAUAAAAAGGCGAAAAAAUGCCGCCGCGAAGAAGAUCGACAAUCCAAGAUGUAACCGCAAAGCUAAAGAAGAUAUCCAACCGUCCGGGUCGUUGAUACACAGCGAUCGUGGUGUAAUAUCCUCUUAAUCGAGAAACCGCGCAACCCCGAUGAAAUUGAUGCAGUGAUAGUGCGGGACUUUAAAAACACCGCAAGACACAGAGAGAACAUUUCACCAUUUCACUAGUGAAAAGUAGUAGCACGUAAAAGACGGUGCAAGGUGAGUGUUCGGGAAAAACGGUGCAGAGUUUUAGGAUUCUGUAUUUCCGAAUUUCCCACCUGCAUCGACGAGGAACGAUUCCGAAGGCCAAGGAGCGGAUAAACCAAGAUCUUCGACAUGGCGAUGCUGCAACCCCAGAAGCUCUAUAGCGAAGCUGGUAGUCUUGGUGGAGCGAUGACAAGCGGCGCGAUGUCGAGCAUGGGUAGCAUGGCGUCAACCUACAGUUCAAUAAACUCCAUGGGUUGCGUGCCAAUGGGUAUGCCGAUGGGGGUAGGCGUAGGUCCGAGCUGCAGCCCACAGGGGACCGGCGGCUUCACCAUGAGCUCGAUGAGCUCCGCUAUGGGGGUCGGUGGCGGUGGCAUGGGUAGCUAUGGUCCAGGCUCCAUGGGAAGCGCCUGCAUGAACGUCGGUUAUGGUCCGCUAACCCCGAGUGGUAGUUCCGGGGUAGUUUCGCGGGACACGCUUUCGUUGACGGAGCCUGGAUCACCAACGUCGGCGUUGCAGCGAGCUCGAUCGGACAAGUCCUACCGUCGGAGUUACACGCACGCGAAACCACCGUACUCCUACAUAAGCCUGAUAACCAUGGCGAUCCAGAAUGCACCGUCGAAGAUGCUAACUCUCUCCGAGAUAUACCAGUUCAUAAUGGACCUCUUUCCGUUCUACAGACAGAAUCAGCAACGCUGGCAGAACUCCAUUAGGCACUCGCUCAGCUUCAACGACUGUUUUGUAAAGGUGGCGAGGACUCCGGACAAACCGGGUAAGGGAUCAUUCUGGACCCUGCAUCCCGAGAGUGGUAACAUGUUUGAGAACGGUUGCUACCUCAGACGCCAGAAACGGUUCAAGGAUUCUAACAAGGAACUCUCUCGGCAGUCCAACAAGCAACAGCAACACCCGCAGCAGAACCACCACAAUGGUGCCGGGCAGCACAGUCCCUCCCAUGAAAUGAACCACGGGAAGAAGACACCGCUUCAGCAUCACGCGGGUCAAACGCAGGCCGAUAAGGACAUGCACUCGCUGGUCGGGGGCCACCAUCACCAUCACCAUAUACCCACGGCCGGCGGUAUUCACCACAACCACUCUUCCCUGAAGACCGACGUUACCGACAUCGGCGGUCUCUUAGGUGGUGACCUCGGACCCACUCACGACGAACUGGCCGCCAUGGUCGGACGCAACCUCCACCCCCAUCUUCUUGGCGAUCCGGCGUCGGCCCUGCACCACGGGAUGUCAGGUAGCCUGAAGCAGGAGACACCCUACACAGCGGCGAGUCAUCCGUUUAGCAUCACGAGGCUUUUACCUGGAGCGACGGCCGCCGGAUCCCCCGGAAGUCAGGACACCAAGUCACCGGAGCUCAAGAUGUACGAACAGCUUCAUCAGAGCUACGCCACCUACGGAUCGUCCCCGCAUCAUCCGCACCAUUCCGUCCCCCCCGGACACCAUCAUCAUCACAACGGCAUGCACGCUGGACCCAACGGCGCCUCCGGUAUGCACAACAUGAGCAAUCACCAUCAGGACUACUACCCGAGUUCGCUUUAUCACCACGCAAGUUCCGUCGCCACAUCAUCGGCUCCUCCGCCUCCGACAAGCGCUUCUGCUACCGGGUUGUGACACCACGCUACUCAUCCCUAUGCCCUUGCCUGAGUCGCCGCCGUUUACACCGUCGCUGGAUGUGAUGACCACGGUAACGCGAGUCUUCGACACCGGCGGCGGACUCACGAUCUCGAUCAUCAUCGACGUGCCGAUGAUCAACUUCAUCAGCGGGUCGGUGUUGGUCGGGAAUCCGGCGGCGAUAUUCACGCUACAUUAGGGCAGGGGGACGAGGCCUGGGACAAUGACACCGUGCAAGAUGACGACGUCGACGGGGAUGAAGAUAACCACAAUUUACCGUACGCCUCUAUGUAAAAAUUUAUAUAUUUUAUUUUAUAUCACGAUUAUUCCGCGUACUCGUGUUCUGCUGGUAAAUCGUAAGUAUGGUUAUAUAUAUACAUACGCUCUUAAAAAUGCAACAUUGAACGUAACACGGAAAAUAUUCUACAGAGGUCCGCUCUAUUUUGGUGUUGAUCAUUUGGUGUCAAGAAUCGAACGAUUUACGACGAUGAUUUUUGAUUUUGCACCAAUCGGUGUGAACUUUUAUUGACGUCGUAAAUUUUCUAACAGUGUAACAUGCAUGAAUUAGGUAUCCUAACAUAGAGGUCAAGAAUUUCCGCCUUGCUUUUCUAAUGAUCGGUCCGAUUUGCAAAAACAAGUCAAGCUUAUUCAGUUACAGAUUUUCCAGUUUUCAAAGAAUAGAGGUGCGUGUAGGAAAACUGUAGGGAAAUUCCCAUCGGUACUCGCUUCUUCUAAUAUACCUACAUUAGGGUGCUUCACUUUCAACUUGUUUUUUUUUUUCCCUAGGUGCCACUGGAAAAUAACGACAAAGUUUGUUUUUCAGUAUUUUCGACAAAUUUUUCGAGUGGCACUUUGAAAAAUAAAGUUAAAAAAUUAACUACACCACGUGUAUGUAUAACGUAAGCAGAACUUGACGUUAGAAAGGUUCUUCAGGCUUAUUUUUAACACGCAUGGAACUGGGUUUUAAAGUCGUUCUUAAGAUUUCACCAUUUUACAAUUACACGACUUUGGGAUCUCGCAGUGUACGUAAUGUUUUCUUUUUUUUUUGUAUCUUGGUUUGGUUUGAUUUGGGGAAAAAUUCACGCAUACGUUAGUUUUUAGAACGGAAGUUCACAUCUUCUUUGGUACUAAAAUUAACCUCGUUUUAUUUUAACGUCCUUUGGUGGUUAUGCUAGGGAAUUCGUACCUUUUGUUAUGCGAUACAUAUCUGACUUCGUACUGUCGUUGGACAAGUCGUUUCUGUUUGAUCCGAGAAAAAAAUUAGGCGCGUAGUUUACACAGACAUUUCGAAUUCUUGAAAUUGCGGUAUAUUUUGUUUAAAAGUAUAUCCAAGAAGUCUAAAAUUAUAAAACUAAAUUUCUGAAAACUAUAAUAGGAAUCGAAGGUGUAAAAUAUCUGCAUUUGAUGAUCUGUGAUUAGAAAAGUGUCGGUAUUUUUACCGAAUAUUCAGCACGAGCAUGAUUUCAGAAUUGCCAUUAUUUCAACGUUUCGCUUACAGUAAAAAUCAGUUGAUCGUGAUAUUCGGUAUCAGAACAUGGAUAACUGUCAACGAAACUUUCAAGCUUCAAAAUGUUUGAGGCCUUUUCAAUUCGUAACAGUAUCUACAAGACUGUGAAGUCAAGAUACAAUUUUUUCAGUUAUAUUUUGAAAAUAUGUAAUUUGAAACAGUCUUUUGAAAAUCGUAUCUAGUCAAAUUUCAAUCAAAUCUUUUCACCGUGACUUUUAACCAAUCAACGGAAUUGCUCUUCAAGUCCCGUUUGUAUGUAAAUAUUGGCGUCAGAAAUUUCAUUGAAAUGAGUGUGUAAAUUCACGUAAUGAAAUCUCGUGAAUUUCUCACGAUAAACGUACCAUUUGAAGUUCCUACAAAGUCUAUAAAUGGGUACGAAUUAGAUUCUAAUGCGAAAUUAGAACCUUGCGAAUGUUAAAUUCGAGAGAAAUAUUUUCACCCGAAAACUUGAGAGUUUAAAUAACACGGUGGUGUCUGCAAGGAAUUGAAAUUCUUUCAAAUCUUGUGAAAUUUAUUACAAAAUCCCACCGAACGUUACACGAUUUUACGUGAAAUAUUUUCAUUCGUUGUACACCGUGUUCAGAAUACAGAUAAUAUUCAUGAAUUUUUGUAUAUAAUAACUGUUUAAGAAAUAGCCUAAGAAAAUUGCGAAAUACUUUUGAAACGAUUAAACCGCUGGCGGAAAAAUCAAUUUCAAUAAAGUCUUUCAAAAUCUGAAACAAACGGAUAUAAGAGAAUAUUUUCCGAUCCGCUAUAACGUGAAAAAUAAAUGUAAUAAUUUGAAAUUAUUUUCACAUUGUCAAAUUCCGUAAAGAAUUGGAUGAACAAUUUUGUUAAAAGAUUUUAUGUAACAGAUUGUUUGCAAGGUUGUAAGAAAAUAGGUAAAAAUUCCGUGUUCAUACAAUCGUUUCGAUUCCGUGAAACGUGAUGAAGAUACAAAAAAAAAACGAAAAAAAAACAAUCGAACAACUCAACAUUAUUUUUAAAUUAUCUGCAAUAACUACGUUUUCGAAC